GGCUUUAAGAGAGGUUGGUAAACGUAACCGAGAUCCAACAAGUUUGUAUGAGUAACUUAUACUGUCGCAUUCGGUACAGGAAGUAAUUUAAGCUCUGACCAGGUUGUCCAAAGACGGUAUGUAGCAAUAGAACAAGGCGCUGGACAUUUUACGUUUGUGAAGUAUUUCGACAAAUUAAGACACAUUCUUUAAACUGUCUAGAAUGGGUUUCUGGAAAAUAUGCGGUCUUAUUCCAAUUCUGCUUUUGUAUGAUGGGCAUGCAAAGUGCAUCAUCACUAGAUCAUCGGACAUAUGCGGUUUGACUGGUGACGUGUACAAUUGUCAAUAUCAGCAAUUGAAAUCUGUACCAAGAGACAUUGUUUCAAAUAUCACAGCCAUUGAUCUUUCUCACAACGAUAUACUGAAUCUGAAGGAUGGCGACUUCAACGGAAUGCAUAAUCUGAAAGCCAUAUAUCUUAAUCGGAACAGGAUAAAUCACAUCAAAAAGAACGUAUUUCAACAUCUGCCUAAUUUGUGCAUCCUAGAUCUAAGCUCAAACCAACUUCGCAAAGGAUCCAUAGAAAAGGGAACGUUUCAAGAUUUGAAUUCUCUUCAGGAACUCAGAAUUAAUCGUAACCCAUUUCAAAGUGGAGGAUUUCUUGACGAAGAAAUAGAACAGCUUCCAUCACUGAGGAACUUAUCAAUAAGCGUUACUACAGAUACCUUGUAUUUUUCUUCAAAAUUUCGAACAUUAAAAAAUCUUAAAAAGUUGGAAAUUGAUUCUUAUGUCGAUUUUCAGUUAAAUAAUAAAUCCUUCGAAAAUCUCGUUGAAAUCAAUAUAGAAUAUGUACAUUUCAUCUUUAGUUACUCUUGUUCAUGCAAAAAUAUCGACGAAGAUUUGUUUUGGGCAUUUCCUAACUUAAAAGGCCUGCGCCUUCAAACGUUGUGUGGCAUGCGAUACGCACUGAAGUCCCUGAUGCGAUUCCAGUUUAAGAAAUUGAACUAUGUAAACUUUUCUCGUUCAUUCCCAUACUAUGGAGACAUGAUUGGUAUGAAUGAAAAUGAUGUGAAGUACCUGAGAAACGUCUGUGUUAAAACUGUUAGUUUGAAGAACACAAAUAGUAUUAACAUACCUACAAUGAAAUCCUCCAUAUUUAUGAAAUGCAUUGAACAUAUAGACUUGUCAUUCAAUACGCUUAAAAAUUCCAAUUUUGUAGGUGCAAUUUUAGAAGCAGUGAGAGUCAAAGUUAUAAAUUUCAGUCACCAGAGUUACUGUGGUUCAUAUUCAUCUCCCAGUGAAAACAGCAAACUAACGAUACAGCAAAUUCCAUUCAAUCUCACACUAUCUACUUCAUUGGAAGAUUUAGACUUCUCCAAUACGCACAUUGAUCCCGGCACAAGGAAGUUAAAAAUUCAAGUGUACGGAAUUAACCUGAAAUGCCUCAAUUUAGGACAUACAAGUUUUCCCCUUUGUAGGAUGGACAACUUGAAACUUGUAUUACCUCGACUGUGGUUUUUUGAUCUCUCUGGUGUACAAUGUAAAGAUUUAAAUGUAGCAUUUCUGAAAGAUUUGCGUUCUUUGUCGGAACUCUACCUGAGUGAUGUAAAUCUUGAUUCCGGUCUAACACGAGAUGUGAAGGCUGAGUUUCUUAAUGGCCUUACCAGACUGAAAGUGAUCGAUUUCUCAAAGAACGCCUUAAAAGAUUUACAUCCGAACCUUUUUCAAAGUCAGUCAUUCUCUUUGGAAACGUUAUUACUAAAUGGCAAUCUAUUCACUACAGUUCCAAAUGCUCUUCGUGUUGUUACAUCAUUACGAAUUCUUCUACUGAAAUUCAAUAAAAUAUCAUCCUUUUCGACCGAUUCUAUCAUUACCUUAAAUCAUUUAAAAAGCGUUCAGAUAGAUGUUAGAGGUAACCCCUUUGAUUGUUUCUGUAAUGCUAUUGAUUCGUUGCGCUGGAUGUCUGAUCAUCGAGAACUAUUUCUCCAUUUGAACGAGACCUACUGUAUUGAGGAACCAACCAAAUCGUUGUUUUCUGUCAUUAAUGAUAUGCGUUCCCUAGAACUACGAUGCAUUUCAAGGCUGUGGAUGCAAAUAUCUUUUUCUGCUCUGUCGUUCACAUUUCUGUUUCUUGUAACAUUUACAAUUUUAUACCGCUACAGAAUCUUCCUGCGUUAUGGAAUGUUGAGAAUCCGAUUAUUUUGGAGGAAAAGCUUUUCGAUAAUCACUACAUCCGACAUACCUGUGUAUGACGCAUAUAUUUCGUAUUCAUCCAGUGAUUUUCUUUGGGUGUGCUCAAAACUUUACCCAGCAUUAACUGGACAAAAUCUUCGAAUCACACUGCAAGAUAAAGAUUUUAACCCAGGUAGUCCCUAUGCAGAAGAAGUAGUUAAAUUUGUUAGCAUGAGCAAAUAUGUGAUAUUCGUAAUAACACGGGGUUUUAUCAAAUCUGAAUGGGGAUCCUAUGAAAUUCAGAUCGCAAAAAUACAUGCAAUUCACACUAAGGCGAAACUUGUUCUGAUCAUUAAGGAUGGAAUCCAAAUUGAAGACCUUCCAAAAGACAUCUUGUUUAUUUGGUGGAAAAUCACACCAUUGGUGUUUAAUGAAAAUGGAACCGAAGAGAAACAAGCAAAAAUUUUCAAACGGUUAUUCACUAUUAUUAAGGAUUAAUCAAAUGGAAUAACACAUACUUCCGUGUUCUUUGUGGUGUACUGUACUUAUCAUACAAGAACCCGUUUUAUUUGUGGAUAUAGAAUACACUCAUUUUAACGCAAUACGUUUCAGGACAAAUACGAGAAACAAAAUAUUGAUUGCAUUAAAAAAUACAUGUAUGAAAGCUGCACGACAAUUUUUAUUUUUAGUUUGUAUUAUUCAAUGUUUUUGCGUUUUAUAUCUUUACAAAUUGUGUGUAUAGUCAUAUUCCCAGCGAUGCAGUUAUUGACAUUGCAUGAAAGAAUCUUGAUAAAUAGAGUAUGUCUAUUGUAACGUCUUGUGAUUCCAACAAAAAUGACAAUUCUGUAUUUUAUGAUACUAAUAUGCAUAAAUAAUGACUUACA